AUGGCGGCGGUGCGCCUGCGGCUGCGCGUAUCCCUACGCCUCCGCUCCAUUCCACUCCUGCUCUCCCAGCCUGACGCCGCCACAGUCCGGCGUAGUUUAGCCUGCGCCAGCGCCUCCCCAGCCCCCGCUCCCGCGCGGGCCAUGGCGGCCCCGUCCUCCUCAUCCUCGACGCCCUCCCCGUACACGACGCUCGUCGGGCGCGUGAGCUGCGAGCGCGAGAUCAAGCGCAGCAAGUUCAUCGCCAUCGCCGCCCCCGUCCCCAACGAGCGUGCCGCCAUGGCCUUCCUGGACCAGGUCAAGGAUCCACGUGCUACCCAUAAUUGCUGGGCAUACAAGCUGGGAGAGCAAUUCCGUUACAACGAUGAUGGUGAACCUUCUAGCACAGCUGGGAAGCCAAUAUACUCUGCCAUCAUUUCCUCUGGCAUUGAUAUGGUCAUGGUGGUUGUGAUUAGAUAUUUUGGAGGCAUAAAACUGGGAACCGGUGGACUGGUGAGAGCUUAUGGUGGGGUUGCUUCUGAAUGUCUUAAAGAUGCUCCUACUUGUCUUGUGAAACCAAAGGCUCGUGUGGGUAUGGAAAUACCAUUUGAUCUGUUGGGCACAGUCUAUCAUCAGCUGCAACAUUUCCAAGCUGAAGAUAUUAAACAGGACUACGACACUGGAAAAGAUGGUACUGUUAUGAAAGUAAGAAAAGUCUCUCGCUACAAUGAACUUCAAGGGUUGGUGGUUUGUGGGGAUGGGGCGGUGAGUGGAGGCACCUGGAGUCCGGGAAUGGUUGGGAUUGUUGUUGGAAUCGUAGUUGGAAUGGAUGGCACAGUAGUGGGGAUCGAGGGCAUUGGUGGCAGGGUAAUCUGGACUUUAGGAAUAGCUGGUACGGUGGUUGGAAUCACCGGGUUUGGGAGAGAUGGGAUUGCGCCAGCAGCUGUUGGUGGCAGGGCUAACUUUGGAAUAGGAAUGGAUGGAAUUGUUGGGAUUGUCAUCUUUGGGACCGCUGGAAUGGAAGGCAUUGGAGGCAGCGUCAGCGUGGUUGGAACUGCUGGUGCGGCCUCUGGCGCAGCUGCUGUGUCCAAGAGAUGUCGAGCUGCAAGGCUGCCAUUGAAGGCAGUCAGGGCUAGGACCAGGACGAGAAGACGGCAACCAGGUCCGCUACGAGCCAUGGCUAUUAGUGCGUGUAUUUGCUUGGGGGUAUUAGAGAUGUUUGGCUCUGUGGCGAUGCCUGUGAAGAUGAGACCUGAUGCUGGGACUAUUUAUAGCAGCAUGUGGUCAGCCAAUGAGCUUUGGAGAUAUCAGCUGCAACAUUUCCAAGCUGAAGACAUUAAACAGGACUACGACACUGGAAAAGAUGGUACUGUUGUGUGUGUUGCCAUGAUGGAUGAUAUCUUCUCUUUAAUCACAUUCUUCACGAAAGUAAGAAAAGUGUCUCGCUACAACGAACUUCAAGGGUUGGUGGUUUGUGGGGAUGGGGCGGUGAGUGGAGGCACCUGGAGUCCGGGAAUGGUAGGGAUUGUUGUUGGAAUCGUAGUUGGAAUGGAUGGCACAGUAGUGGGGAUCGAGGGCAUUGGUGGCAGGGUAACCUGGACUUUAGGAAUAGCUGGUACGGUGGUUGGAAUCACCGGGUUUGGGAGAGAUGGGAUUGCGCCAGCAGCUGUUGGUGGCAGGGCUAACUUUGGAAUAGGAAUGGACGGAAUUGGUGGAUUGCCGUCUUCGGGACCGCCGGAAUGGAAGGUAUUGGAGGCAGCGUCAGCGUGGUUGGAACUGCUGGUAUGGAAGGCACUGGAGGGAGUUUGGUUGGAACCGCUGGAAUGGACGGCUGAGCAGGUGCGGCCUCUGGCGCAGCUGCUGUGUCCAAAAGAUGUCGAGCUGCAAAGCUGCCAUUGA